AUUGCAUUGUAGGAGAGGUGGCAUGAAAAUGCAAAACGGUUUCUGGGUCGUGUGUUACUAUUACUAUGUACAUUCACCAUGCUCAUCUCUUUUUCUUUUGAGAUUCCUCCUCCUCUUCCUCCCUUUCUCUCUCACCCCUUAGGUUUGAUGAUAUAUAAAUGGUUGGGGUCAAUAUUUGAGGGAGCGGGUGUGGCUUCUCCGCCUCAUUCAUUUUUGUAAAUAUAUUUUUAUCAAUGGCUGAAGCCAAUUCCCCAACAACAUCUCCACCGUCUGAUUCAUCGCCACCUCCGUCACAAGACGCGGCAAAUAAUCCAUCUUCACCACCACCAUCACCACCAGCCGCUGAUAAUUCAUCUCCACCACCGUCAUCCCCGCCACCAUCUUCUCCACCACCAUCAUCACCUCCUCCGUCAUCUCCACCUCCGUCAUCUUCACCUCCAUCUUCACCUCCUCCAUCGUCUCCCUCUUCGCCUCCUCCAUCAUCUCCGUCUCCCUCUCCGCCUUCUGACUCUUCUCCAUCUCCGCCUUCUGGCUCUUCUCCAUCUCCACCUCCGCCUUCGGACUCUUCUCCAUCUCCUCCAUCACCGCCGCCACCUCCAUCAUCACAAGGCCGCUCACCAUCGCCUCCAAACGGGCAAGAUUUUUCUCCUCCUCCUCCGCCACCACAUCAUCGUUUGUCACCUCCAAAAUCAUCUCACUCGAAUAACAACCACAAUUCAAAUAAUGAGAAUGGAAGCCAAUUGAGCACAGGGGCUAUAAUAGGAAUUGCAAGUGGAGUUGGUGUAUUGCUCCUUGUCAUUUCCAUACUCCUUAUUGUAUGUUCAAGAAGAAAGAAGAGAUCGCCACAACCUCACCUUCAAUUCUACCCGAAUCAACCACCACGCGGUCCAGGUCCUAAUCAUUAUGAGUACAACAAUAACCGUGAUCACAUACUUAAUAUUCCUCCACCACCAGGUGGUGGUGGAGGUUGGGGUCCACCACCACCUCCUGGUGGUGGUGGUGGUGGAGGUUGGGCUUUACCACAUGUAGCCAGUCUACCUCCCCAGCAAUUCAGCAGUGACAUGAGUACCUCGAGUUACUCCGGAUCGCAAGGUCCUGUAUUGCCACCACCACAUCCAACGGUUGCACUCGGGUUCAACCAGAGCUCAUUCACUUACGAUGAGUUAUCGGUUGCUACUGGUGCAUUUGCACAGCGAAACCUGUUGGGUCAAGGCGGAUUUGGAUAUGUACAUAAAGGUGUUCUUCCUAAUGGUAAAGAAAUAGCAGUGAAAAGCCUCAAGUCAACCAGUGGACAAGGUGAUAGAGAAUUCCAAGCUGAAGUUGAUACUGUCAGCCGCGUCCACCAUCGCUAUCUUGUUUCGCUUGUUGGAUACUGCAUUUCUGAUUCUAAAAAGCUUCUUGUUUAUGAAUUUGUUCCUAACAAGACUCUUGAAUAUCACCUUCAUGGAAAGGGUCGACCUGUGAUGGAUUGGGCCACAAGGCUUAAAAUCGCGCUUGGAUCGGCCAAAGGACUUGCUUAUUUACACGAGGAUUGUCAUCCUCGUAUCAUUCACCGAGACAUAAAGGGUGCAAACAUUUUACUCGAAAACAAUUUUGAAGCAAAAGUGGCAGAUUUUGGAUUGGCAAAGUUUAAUCAAGACGCUAACACUCACAUUUCUACUCGCGUCAUGGGAACAUUUGGGUAUAUGGCUCCUGAGUAUGCAUCGAGCGGUAAACUAACUGAUAAAUCUGAUGUCUUCUCGUACGGUAUUGUGCUUUUGGAGCUCAUAACUGGACGACGACCGGUUGGAUCCAUGGGUGAUUAUGAAGAAGACAGUUUGGUUGAUUGGGCUAGACCACUUUGUACAAAAGCAUUGGAAAGUGGAAUACUUACUGGAUUGGUCGAUAUCCGAUUAGAGGACAAUUAUGACAAAAACGAGGCAAUACGAAUGAUAGCUUGUGCUGCUGCUAGUGUUAGGCACUCGGCAAAAAGGCGUCCGAAAAUGAGUCAGAUUGUAAGAGUACUGGAGGGAGAUUCUUCACUCGAAGCGCUUCAUCAGGACGGAGUUAAAGCUGGACAUAGUACUAUGUACAGCAGCAGCACAAGUGGAGAUUAUGAUGCAGGAGCAUACAGUGCUGACAUGAAAAAGUUCAAGAAAGUAGCAUUUGAAAGCGGCGUAACAAGCAGCGAGUACGGUGGAACGAGUGAGUAUGGUCUCAAUCUUUCGCUCUCUAGCAGUGACCAACCUUCUUCUGAAUAUAGCAGGAAGACUGGAACUGCAACUGGAAAUGUAAGCCGGAUCAACACUCCAUGAGAAGCAAACCUCAUCUGAUAUGACAUGAUAUGAUCCAACUGUAUUUUUGAACUAGCUAGAUUGCUAAGAAAAGUAACAGAUGAAUAUCUAACCACAAAAUUUUAAUUCAAGUAAUGGUUGUUGAUGUUACUUAAUUCUUGACUAAUUGGCAGAAAAGUGCAUGUAUUGUCUAUUUUCCUUGUGGUGGAUUUUGUAUAGUUUUUGCAACUAUGAUUCUCUAAUUCUAUAGUGAUGUAUUUUGGCUUGGGAAAUU